CAUCUAUGUAUAAAGCAAUUGUUUUUAUCUUCAUAAUUACGUAUAGGUACUUGAUUCAUGUUCAUUUAUAAAUUAGUUUAAGUAAGUAAUUGAUUUUCUAGAACUUAUUAACAGUUGUAAUUAUCUAAUUAAUUAUGUAAUUAUGAAUGUUAUAAAACAAAACUAUUUGGUCACUUAUUGACAUUUAACAUUACAUCGUUGGACGAUCCAGGAUAAAAUGAAAACUGUUGCAGUUUUAUGUCUGUUGAUCGCAGUGGCCCACGGAGCCCCGACCGCCGUGGACGCCGCCCGACGCGCUCUCCCAGCCAUACACCACGAGGAAAUCCACGACGACUUCGGCCAGUACGCCCUCCGCUACGUCACAGCUGAGGGCAUCACCUACGAGGAGCGAGGGCGCCUCGUACCCGACCCUGACGGCAAAGAAUACGUCCUCAUCUAUGAGGGCGAGUACUCUUUCAUCGGCGACGAUGGCAAGACAUACAAAACUAAAUACACUACUGAUAUAGCUAACGGCCAUAAAGUCCAAGCCAAUCAUGUACCGACAGCCCCUGAAUUUCAAGAAGAGAGUAAAAUACCUGAAGUAGCUUCCACUACAGAAGAAGCUAAGAGCAUCUGA